UUCCAGUACUGCAAUUUAGACAAAAGAUUUGCUUCCUUUCUUUGGCUAGUUCUAUAAAAUCUAUCUUUCUAAGAUUGUGAAGAAGGUAAAGUUCAGCUUAAAGUAAUUUGUCUGCUAUGGAUGAGGUUCAAAUCCCUGAAUAUUAUCUCUGUCCAAUAUCUCUCCAAAUCAUGAAAGAUCCAGUUACUACCAUAACAGGCAUUACCUAUGAUCGUGAAAGCAUAGAACAGUGGCUGAGAACGACUGCGAAGGACACCCCAACUUGCCCAUUCACCAAGCAGCCGUUGCCAAGAGACGCAGAUUUGACCCCGAAUCACAUGUUACUGCGUCUGAUUCAAGCAUGGUGCACCGCCAAUGCCAAAAAUGGUAUUGAUCCGAUCCCCACUCCGAAACCUUCUCUCAGUAAGACCUAUGUUCUUAAGUUAGUCAAGGAUCUUCAAGUUCCUUAUUUGUGUGUGCAGGCUCUGAAGAAGAUGGAAGCUUUGGCCACAGAAAAUGAAAGAAACAGAGCGUGCAUGAUGGAAGCUGGGGUGGCUAAAGGCUUAGUUCCUUUUGUCAUAAGAUGUUUUAAGGAAAGAAUGAUAAAGGGUAUUGAAGAAGCUUUGAAAAUCCUCGAUCUUACUUGGAAUUCAUCUGAAGAAAUCAAGUUACUUAUCAAAGAUAACUAUGAUUUUAUAGAUUCCUUGAUAUGGGUCUCAGGUUGCAAUAUGGAUAAUCAUGUUGUUGUGAAGAUUCAAUCAAUGUUAGUCCUGAAAAAAACAAUAGAACUUGCAACCACAAGCUUGUUAGAGAGGUUGAAGCCUGAUUUCUUCAGAGGAAUCGUAAGAGUACUUAAAGAGAACAUCUCUCAGCAAGCAUUAAAAUCAGCCUUGCUUAUACUAAUAGAAGUGUGUCCAUGGGGAAGAAACAGAAUCAAAAUUGUUGAAGCUAAAGCAGUUUUUGUGCUUAUCGAACUUGAGCUAGAAAAACCUGAGAAGAACAUUACAGAGCUAAUUUUCAAUCUCUUAGCGCAAUUAUGCUCCUGCGCAGACGGGAGAGAACAACUUCUGAAGCAUGCAGGAAGCAUCGCAAUGAUAUCAAAGAGGAUUCUUAGGGUCUCCCCAGCAACGGAUGAUCGAGCGGUGCACGUUCUUGGGUUGGUCUCAAAAUUUUAUGCCACAAAUGAAGUUCUUGUAGAGAUGUUAAGCGUUGGUGCAGUGUCCAAGCUUUGCAUGGUUAUUCAAGCAGACUGUGCUUCCUAUUUAAAGCAAAAAGCAAGAGAGAUCCUUAGGUUGCGAUCUAAUGUGUGGAAUAAUUCUCCUUGUAUUGCUGUGUAUCUCCUAACCAGAUACCCUAGGUAAUUGCCCUUUUCGUUUUUGGAUAUCAAAUGAAACAACUGUUGUUAUUAUACUUCUACCAAUCAUAUUUGAGAUAAAUGAUAUAAAAUUCAUUUUAUUUAGAAAA